CUUCCAAAAGAAAAGGGGAAAAAACGAAAAAACGAAAAAAAAAACAUUUUCUCAAGUCAACAAACAACAAACGAAGGUUUGAAGAACUUUGAAUGUUGUUAUCAUCAUCAUCGUUGUAAAAUCGUAUCUGGGUAUUUUCUCCUGUUGACCUUUCUCUAAUUAUAUCAUCUGGUGCGAUUUUGUUUUAGCUAAACUUUUUAUAUCGAAGCCCUUCGUCGUAGUCUCCUCUUGUCUGUAAAUCAAUCUAAUUUGUUCUUUCGGGAAUGUGAAAGCUUUUGUCUUUGUUUUCAUUUUCUGAUUGUUCUGUUCUUUUGGAUUGUUUUUCAGAACUCGAAUCGCAUAUAAAGUUCGAAUUUUUUUUCGUUAGAUUGUAUACAAAAGGGCGUGAUUAAGGAAGAAUAAUAUACAAAAAGGGGAAAGUUUUGGGAUUUUUAAUCUCGAUCUCAGGUGUUUAGUUUGGUGAUGUGGUUAGAGAAAUCUGAAUUCUGGUGUUGAGAAAAAGAAAAGAAGACAUUUGUUGUGUCUUUUUUUUGGGUUUUGAAUUAUGUGGAAACAGAUUCUAAGUAAGCUUCCGACUAAAAAGUCUUCCAAGCACGAACAUCGUGGACGUGAACACGGUGGCCAUGGCCAUUCUUCUUCUUCAUCUCAUGCUUCAGGUGCCUCUACUUCCAAAACCAGUGAUAAUGGUACGGGGAAGUCACAUGCUAAGAAUGCUCCACCUGGUGGAAAAUCCUCUACUUCUGACUCGGGUUUUAAAGAUGGGAAUCUAAAGAGCAGUGGAAACAACAACAACAACAACAGCAACAGCAACAGUAAUGGGGUUUUCACUCCUUAUGAAGCAUUGCCGAGUUUUAAAGAUGUUCCAAACACGGAAAAGCAAACUCUGUUCAUAAAAAAGUUAAAUUUGUGCCGUGUAGUGUUUGAUUUCACGGAUCCUACAAAGAACAUCAAGGAAAAAGAGAUUAAGAGGCAGACAUUGCUGGAGCUUGUGGACUACGUGAAUGCUCCGAGUGGAAAGUUUAGUGAAGUUGGUAUCCAAGAAGUCGUUCGAAUGGUCUCUGCUAACAUAUUUAGAACGCUUAAUCCUCAACCACGGGAAAAUAAAGUUAUUGAUGCCUUAGACCUUGAGGAGGAAGAACCUUCCAUGGAUCUUGCGUGGCCUCACUUGCAGCUUGUGUAUGAGCUUUUCUUGAGGUUUGUUGCUUCGCCUGAAACUGACACCAAGUUGGCUAAGAGAUAUAUAGACCAAUCUUUUGUCUUGCGGUUACUGGAUUUAUUUGAUUCCGAGGAUCCUAGAGAAAGAGAUUGUCUGAAAACCAUUCUCCAUCGUAUCUAUGGUAAAUUUAUGGUACACCGACCUUUCAUCAGGAAAUCCAUAAACAACAUCUUCUAUCGGUUUGUUUUCGAGACAGAGAAACAUAAUGGGAUUGCUGAGUUUCUAGAGAUCUUGGGAAGUAUCAUCAACGGAUUUGCUCUUCCUUUGAAAGAAGAGCACAAAGUGUUUCUUGUUCGAGUUUUGAUACCUCUCCACAAACCGAAAUGCUUGCAAAUGUAUCAUCAGCAACUGUCUUAUUGUAUCACACAGUUUGUGGAAAAGGAUUGCAAACUUGCUGAUACGGUUAUAAGAGGAUUGUUGAAAUACUGGCCUGUGACAAAUAGUUCUAAAGAAGUCAUGUUUCUGAAUGAGUUGGAGGAAGUACUCGAAGCAACUCAGCCACCAGAAUUCCAACGGUGCAUGGUACCACUAUUUCGCCAAAUAGCUCGAUGCUUGAACAGUCUGCAUUUUCAGGUUGCAGAGAGAGCUUUAUUCUUAUGGAACAACAAUCACAUUGAGAAUUUGAUUAUGCAGAACCGUAAAGUUAUUCUUCCAAUUAUAUUCCUUGCCUUGGAGAGAAACGCGCAGAAACAUUGGAACCAAGCUGUUCAUAGCUUGACACUAAACGUGCGAAAGAUAUUUCAUGACCAGGACCCUGAGUUGUUCAAAGAAUGCCUUGCUAAGUUCAAGGAAGAUGAAUCAAAAGCAGCCGAAACCGAAGCAAAACGGGAAGCCACUUGGAAACGUUUGGAAGAACUUGGGGUACAAAAAGCUUCAUAAAGUUAGAGAGCUGUAGACAAGAAAUCUUCUGUAUCUUCUAUUGGAAUUGGCAUGUUCUUCGGAUACAUACUUCAGAAGAGAAAAGUUUCAUAUUUGGUCUCUUCCUUUGAAGGAAAAGGAAACUCAAGAUGUAAGAUUUGUUCCCGUUUUGAUUUCCAUUAUUUUUAUUUCUUGUUUCCUCUAAAAUCUUCCUCGUGCUUGUUAAUGGAUUUUUUUCUUUUUCUUUUGCAACAUUGUAUGAUCCAUUGUUCCACUUUGUUGAGACCUUUGUCUGAUUCAUUCCAUCUUCUGCUUUGAUACCUGCAAAAAAUUGCAGCUUUAGGGGUUGCCUCUUGCCACGCUAAAGAAUCAGUUUGUUGAUUGUAUUGUUGUAUUAAAUUGUCUUCUAUUUUGGAUUUUUCA